AUGGAUAUUUCCGAUCCUGUUGAGGAACCAAACAGAAAAUAUGUGCAUCCAUUGUGUUUGGCUCAUUCGUUCAUCUCAACUGCCAAAAUAGUAUCCGGAAUGAAGUGUGCAACCCACUUGCAGCCAGUUCAUGGCGCACUUCUUCUUCGCGACGAUGAAAACGGUCAUUCGGUGGCAUUUCCAAGCUGCCAGGAAUGCAUUCGUCUUGCCGAAAUCAACGAGAACGAUUGCAAGUUCAACAAGGAUAUGACGCGAACGUUGAAAAUUGCGUAUCCUUACAACGCGGAACUCACCAACAAUAUAAUCCAGGAAAUCUGGAACAAUGGUCGCAACACUUUGUUCAGCACGCAUCGGAUAACAGCAGCUCACACAAAUGAGUAUAACUGGGAGUCUGUGCGUAACGUUCUCGAUGCUCAAUCGGCCGAGUUUAAUCGAAAUGCACCCGAGAAAGAAUUGGAGAGAUAUCUUGAAGCUGGUCUUAGCCAUGAACUUCCAGCCCAUUUCAGCUAUGUGGGAACGACAUUGUUCAUUAUCUCACCAUGUCUUUGUCCAACUCACUUUUCCUUGAUCACCACUGGAAUCGUCCUAUCUGUGAAGACGACAAAUCGAAAAUAUGUGUAUCCCGCUUGCUAUACAUGUUUGUCCGAUGAAAAUGAUACACGAUUCCCUGAGGACAUUCUCUUUGCGAUUAGUCGAAUCUGGAGAGACUCUACGGAGGAGCAUCUUCGGUUCUAUUUCGAGCAACCGCAAGAGUAUCAACGUCAAUAUGCUGAGUACACAAGAAACCGAAUGAUAUACUAA